AUGUCUCACUUCCUCGAGGUUUCGUCGGUACUGCCUCUUCCACAUGACGUGAACGUACCACCAUAUACCGUUUUUGGCAUUAACGGCAGUGACAUUACGUCGUCACUUCCUCCGCGCAUCCCACUCAAGCUUGUCCUUCAUUUUGCGCCAGCUCUACAAAGAUGGGUGUUGCCAGCCCCAGAUCCUACAAGCCUACCGCGCACCGUUGCGCGGCAGUCCCUACGCACUCCUUAUAUUGGCAUCGACAUUCAAGCUCCGAUUGACGCUGUAGGCUUGGGUUGGGUCAUCGUACGCAUGCUUCACCUAAGCGGUCGAUUGCCGAAAGAGAUGUUCAGCCUCCAUCCAGACCUUGCGACGUCGAUAGCCAUACACAACGCUUGGUUCGCGCUUGAACUACCCUGUGAAGGCCUCCGCGGUCUGCACACACAUAUUUACAGUCAGCUCAUAUACACUGAACCUCCAGUUUCUAUAUGGCGUAUGGGUAUGCUGUGGGAUGCCUUCCCAGCCGACUCGGAGAUCAUCAAGGCGAUGGGUCUGAACUUCAUCCGCGGCCACGUUAAUAUGGAAUACUCGGCCUCUCAAUCUCUUGAGAUCAUCGCAUGGUUUCAGUCUACACCUGAGCGGUACGCACUGUUCAAUAGCCUGAGGUACGCAAUGCCAGAU